AUGGCGUCCGUAAAGCCUGAGAUCCGCUGUAGUGUGUUAGCCGUUUAAUUUGCAGGCGAGUGGGGGGUCUCUUCGUCUGGCAGAUGGACGAUAACAUGGCAGUGCACCGCUGCCGUCCGCUUUCUUGAUUCCGGAAUAGAACCCGCAACUUCAUGUCCGAGGGAGCCAGAGCUGCCUGGUCGAAGAGGGGUUGUGGGGAUUCGCACCGCCGAGAACCAGGGAAACAUAAACACAGGAAAUGCGAGCGGCCCCUUAGCGCUCAGCUGUCAAAGCCUGUGAUUGUUCGCCCGGGCUCCAAAAGGUGUGUUAUGUCGGGGGCAGAUGUGGAGGUGUACCUGUCCCAGGUGCACGAUGGAAGUGUGUCAUCGGGCUUCCGGGCGCUUUAUGAGGAGCGUCUGCUGCUGGAUGUCACACUGUUGAUAGAGGAGCACCACUUCCAGGCCCACAAAGCACUGUUGGCCACGCAGAGCGACUACUUCCGGGUCAUGUUCACCGCAGACAUGAGGGAGAGGGACCAGGACAAGAUCCACAUGAAGGGGUUGACAGCUGCAGGGUUCGGACACAUCCUCCGCUUCAUGUACUACGGCUCUUUAGAGCUCAGCAUGCCCACGGUUCAAGAGAUCCUCCAGGCAGCGAUGUAUGUCCAGCUGACGGAGGCAGUGGAGUUCUGCUGCUCCUUCCUCCUGGCAAAGAUCUGCUUGGAGAACUGUGCAGAGGUCAUGCGUCUACUGGAGGACUUCAGUGUUGGAGUUGAGGGCGUCCAGGAGCAACUCGACAACUUCCUACUUGAUAACUUUGUCCCUCUCAUGAGCCGACCCGAUUUCCUGUCCUACCUCAGUCUGGAGAGACUGCAGGCAUACUUGAACAGCAAUGCUCUGAGUCGCUUCCCAGAAAUCGAGCUGUACGAAGCUGUUCAGGCGUGGCUGCGACAUGACCGGCGGCGCUGGAGGCACACGGACACCAUUGUGCAGUCCAUCCGCUUUUGCCUCAUGACCCCUGCCAACAUCUUUGAGAAGGUGAAGACGUCAGAGUUUUACCGGUACUCCAGGCAGCUGAGGCAGGAGGUCGAUCAGGCGCUCAGCUACUUCCAUGAUGUCAACCAGCAGCCACUGGUGGAGACGCACUCCAACCGUAUUCGCUCCGUCCGCCCACAGACCGCCGUCUUCAGAGGGAUGAUUGGACACAGUAUGGUCAACAGCAAGAUCCUUCUGCUGCAGCGCCCAAAGGUUUGGUGGGAGCUGGAGGGACCUCAGGUGCCGUUGCGACCUGACUGUCUGGCCAUCGUCAACAACUUCGCCUUCCUGCUGGGUGGAGAGGAGCUGGGGCCAGACGGGGAGUUUCACGCCUCCUCUAAAGUCUACCGUUAUGACCCCCGACAGAACUCGUGGCUCCGCAUGGCUGACAUGUCUGUGCCCAGGUCAGAGUUUGCUGUGGGAGUCAUCGGGAAGUUCAUUUACGCUGUAGCGGGCCGCACGCGAGACGAGACCUUCUACUCCACCGAGCGCUAUGACAUCACAGAGGACCGCUGGGAGUUUGUUGACCCAUAUCCAGUGAACAAGUAUGGCCAUGAGGGGACAGUCCUAAACGGUAAACUUUACAUCACGGGCGGCAUCACGUCCUCCUCCACCUCCAAACAGGUGUGUGUGUUUGAUCCGGGACGGGAGGCCGGAGGUGGGGGAGGAGGAGGAGGGAGCUCUGGCGGCUCGGACUCUCAUAGGACACGCCCCGGUCGUGGUCCGCUGCUGCCUGGCACGCACACCAGCUGCUGGGAGAACAAAUCCAAAAUGAACUACGCUCGCUGCUUCCACAAGAUGAUCUCUCAUAACGGGAAGCUCUAUGUAUUCGGGGGCGUGUGCGUGAUCCUGCGUGCUUCCUUCGAGUCGCAGGGCUGUCCGUCCACCGAGGUGUACGACCCCGACACCGAUGAGUGGACCAUCCUCGCCUCCAUGCCCAUCGGCCGCAGCGGCCACGGUGUGGCAGUGUUGGACAGGCAGAUCAUGGUGCUGGGUGGCCUGUGUUACAACGGCCACUACAGUGACUCCAUCCUCACCUUCGACCCUGAUGAAAACAAGUGGAAGGAGGACGAGUAUCCCAGGAUGCCUUGCAAACUGGACGGUCUGCAGGUGUGCAGUCUGCACUUCCCAGAGUAUGUGCUGGAGCACGUGAGACGCUGCAGCUGAGGUCUGCUUUUUAUAGAAACAGGAAUGCUCCAUCUCCCGCUGGGAUCAGGUGUUUCCAGGCGGAGACUCACUGACGCGCAGGCUUUUAAUCCAGAGACCAGCACUUACCUGAGGGGAGGGAGGAUGUCCGGGCCGUAGGUUUACUGCUCUUUAUGAAGGCAGUGGAAACACGGCAUGCUGUGACAUCACAUGUUAACAGUCAGCUUGAACAUUUUCAGAAAUAGCUUUCUCAGAAAAAUAAGAAAAAUAUUAGUGGGGAGAAAAAAAGGUUUAUGUUUGGACUGUGGUCAGUUUCCUAUUCUACUACUCACCCUCUGUAUUUAGGCUGCUGUCCAGUCAGGCUCACUGCAGAAACGCACUGGAAGCUUCACACUCACAUAUUUACCAACAGACCUGUAGGUGGUUCAGAGAUCAGGGAUGGGCUAUGAUUUUUAAAUAUUCAAACAGUCAUUAAUUCAUAAAAACGACUUAUCUCAAUUAAAACUAUAUUUGGUCAGUUAUUUUUACUGUUAAUUGAUUGUAAUGUGCUACCAGACAGUGGCUGUACAUUUACUAGCUGUCAUUUGAUAACAAAAGAAGAAGAAAGCAGCAAUAACUAACGCAGCUGAGAUGCUGAGCAACUAGGGUUGUGUCCAAAACUGCGUAUUACACUCUACAUACUCGAACUUUCAUACUGCAUGCUAAACUAUCUCCUCAUUUUCCCUUAUCAAACAGAAGUCCAUUUAUUUCUACAGGAAUCUCCUGAUUUCUAACGUGGCUGCAAAACUCAUCCCUUCAGUCGCUGAUUUUGAUUGUCCAUUGAGUUUAUAUGAUGAUCCAGUUUUAUGCUUCUACAAAUCAGUGUUAUGUCAUUCUGCUAAAAUAUGGUCAUGUGCUACAUACAGUCCUAAAUUUAUCAGCUUGAUAUGGAGUUUAGCAUGAUUUGUCAGUCAGUAUGAAGCACUGUCAGAUUGUUUUGGCAUGUAGGGCUGUCACAAGAUAUCGCACAAUUAAUCACAUCCUUUUAGCACAUUUUAAAAUUCCACUAUUUUGCAUUUAAAAUUGCUUUUGUGGCAUUUUGAACUUUUCUGUCCUGUUUGGAUGCCUGCUUUUAUAUGUAGAAGAUUUUAACAUGGACUCCUGCAAAAGGAAGUUGCAUGGAUUAUAAAGGAAAUAAGGGGACGGUAAAAAGUUUAAUGUUUAAUAACAUAAGGUCAAGUAACUUCUGACUUGUUCACUGAGCUGUCAUGAGUUUUUUAAAGUGAAAUGAAACAUUAAGGAGCAGUAGUGGACUUAUUUUACAUCACUAAGAUGCUGACGUGGAUUUACCAAAGUGUGCUGAAAGGGUCGACGAAGCCUGAUAUUAGUCCUGAUUAAAAAACAAAACAAAACAAAAAAUCUGCUCUAACUGUGGACCUUAAUUGAUCAUGAUUAAUGAGAUAAAUCUUGACAGCCCCAAUUUGUACAUUUAUGCCAAAAGUAAGAAGGCCCGACCUUGCAUAGCAGAUGGAUACGCCCGUUUCCUUGUUUCUCACUGGCAAAUCCAUCUUGCAAAGCUCCACUCUGAACUGUUUGGCCCUGGUUAAAAAGUGACAGGACCAAUCAGUGACAAGGGGCAGUACUUUCAGGCGCCGAGGAGUUGUGACGUAGCAAGCAGCAAAAGGAGUCCGUUGCAAAUAUGGCGGAAGAGAUUAGCAUGAAUGCUGCUAAAGCUCCAGUUUUAUAAGAACUUGAUGACAUUUCUUCAUUAAUAGAAGAACAAAGAACAGCAAUGAAUUGUUUUCUUUUGAA